AUGGCUCGCCCUCGAGCGUCAAAUGGUCUCCUACGGAACCGCAUCCGUCGCCAGCCGUCCCUCACGCCGCCCUCCACAAGCCCGACUUCGGAGACCCCGCCCGGCACCGGCUCCGGCUCCGUGCCCAAAAUCAGACUGGAGAGCCUCAUGGAAGAGGAGGAAAAAGCCCUGUUCCCAGGCACCGUCGGUGUCGGCCCCUCAAGCAACAACGCGCGGGUCGCUGCCGAGGUGCGGACACCCUGA